UCCAAAGCCAGCAAGGUUUUUGUUUUGGCUGAAUCAACAAGAAACUAGACGUUGCGGACAGUUCUGCUUAUCGGUCCCUGUCUGCCAGCCUUAUCCCCUCACAAUGGCCUCCUCUUCAUCGGUUGGAGAUAAACAGCUGCAGAGGAUAAUCAGAGAUCUACACGAUGCUGUGGUGGAGUUGACUAAAGAACACACAGAGUGUAAUGAACCUAUAACAGAUGACAGUGCUAAUCUGCACAAGUUCUUCUAUAAGCUUGAAUACCUUUUGCAGUUUGACCAGAAAGAGAAGACAACCUUUCUUGGCCAAAGAAAAGACUACUGGGAUUACUUUUGCGACUGCCUGAUUAAGAUCAAAGGAGCUAACGAUGGCAUCCGUUUUGUUAAAUCCAUCCCUGAGUUGAAGACAUCACUGGGAAAAGGACGAGCCUUCAUCCGCUACUCCCUUGUCCACCAGCGUCUUGCAGACACUCUGCAGCAGUGUUUCAUUAAUCAGAAGGUUACAAGUGACUGGUAUUAUGCCCGGAGUCCCUUCCUCAAGUCCUACAUCACAGCUGAAAUAAUCAACGACCUUUAUGAGCUGAACCAGAUCCAAUUUGACGUGGCUGCCAGAGGUUACGACCUUGAUGCAGAUUGGCCUUCCUUUGCAAGGAGAACCUUAGGAGGUGCUUCACAAAAUCUCUUGUGGAAGCCUCCAAGUCGCUGUUCCAGCAUCAGCAGUUUGGUCGGCAGCAAUUCACAUUCCCAGGUGCAUGAGUGCCUUCAGGUCCCAGACGUAAAUCACAGUCUGCUUGGAGAACUUGGAGAUUUGGGAGAACAUUCUUCCUGCAACAUUGCUGAAAAUCUGCGCAUUGAACUUGACCAGUCCGAGCUCAGACAGCAGCAGCUUCUGGUACGUGUGCAGGAGUUGAGUAAGGAGGCUGCUGAGCUGAAAGGUGUCGUCAAAGACCUUCAAGGUCAUUUAUCGGCUCAGACGUCUGGCAAUUCAGCAUCGGUCCUUGCCAGGUGUAACUCAGAAACCGGUAAUGAAGACCGACUGAAUCAGGACCAGAGUCAGAAGGAUUUACAAGAGAGACUCAAAGCUACCGAGAGCAAAAACAUGGAGCUCCUUUCUAAAUUGGACAAGUCUCUUAAUGAAAGGGGACAACAAACAGCCAGCUACUGUGACACAGCCUGGAAAAUCCAAGAACUCUUAGAAAGACUUAAGACUGCAGAGGAGGAGAAGUUGGAGGCAAAAAGAGAGGCAGAGGAAACAGCUAGAGACUCUGAACAUUUGUCUCAGGAUCUGAAACUCAGGGAAGAAAAGUUGAGGAAUACCGAGGAGAAGCUUGAUGAAGUCAAAGCCAGAGCACACGUUGAACGAGAGGAGGCUCUUGCUCGGCUGGAGGAACUACAGAGUGCAGUUGGUCGAAUUCAGGGGGCGCUAACUUUGAAAGAGAAGGAGACCGGAAACUUGAGAGCUCAGCUGCAGGAUGUGCAAGCCUCUCUGGAGAGCAGGGAGCGCCAGGCAGAGGAACUGAGAAAAAGGUUGCAAGAAGAGGUAGAACAACGAUGUGGUAUGAGCUACGAGGAACUGGAGGGUCAGAUGUUGGAGUUAAGGAAAACUCUAAAAACUAGAGAGAAAGAUCUAGCUGCUCACUCAGAAAGAAUAAAACAUUUGGAGGAACAGUUAGAGAAACUAAAUGCUGAUGCAGAGUCUUUGUGCCUCCAAACUGAUGAUAGUAAUUCUGUCUGUAGUGAUACUGAAAAUCAUGUGGACCACAAAAACCAAUGCAAUCAUCUAAUGGAAAUAAACAAAGAGCUUCUCCAAACAGUAAGGAGGACUGAGGCAAAUGUUUCAGAGUUGACUGCAACCAGGGCUGCCCUGCUGGACCAGCUGGCUGCUUUAAAAGCCUCUGAGAAGCAGUUAAAGGGUAGAGUAGAAGCUGCAACGAUGAACGUGGAAGACAGGGAGAAGAAGCUUUUAGAUGAAAACCUGCAACUUGGAGAGACUCUCCAAAAGAUGUUACUCCAGAAUGAUGGGUUAAAUGCUCAAGUCAAAAAGUUACAGCAAGAAAAUGUAGAACUUUUAAAUACUCAUUCCUCAAUGAAGAGUCAAUUAACUACAACUCAACAGGAGGUGGACUUUCUCAAUGCAAAAGCUGACAUGCUGGCAAACAACCUUACUGGGUCCCAAAGAGGCCAAGCGGAGUUGCUUGAAAAACUCCAUGAAGCCGAGGCCAACCUGAGAGCCCAGACUGUGAGCUGUUCCCUCCUCCAGGCUCGAAUAGGCGAGCUGGAGAGAGGGACCUUGCACCAUGAAAAAGGAGCAGCGGAAUGCAAUGAAAAAGAACAAAAGCUUCAAGAUGAACAUCAAGCUUCCUCGUUGGACACCAAAGAGGCCCCAAUCAGGCUGGUCAUCGCUGAGGCCCAGUUGGAGCUCAACCAAAAGGAGGUGACCAGGCUCCGAGAAGAAGUGGUGGAGCUCAGGGCGCAAGUGCUGGCGGCAAACGAGGACAAGUUGAAGGCUCAGGCUCAGCAGGAGGUGACGGCGGCCUCCAGAGAGGAUCUACGCAUUUUAUCAGAUCAGCUGAAGGCGCAGGUGGAGGAGCUGAACCGGCGGCACGUGGAUGAGAUUCUGAGAUCUCGAGAGCGUGAGGAGGCUCUCAUGCGGGAGCGUGAUGUGGAGGCACAGGCCCGUGUGGGGCUGGCCGCGGAGGUAACGGCCUCUAGAGAGGAGCUGGACAGACUGAAGCUGCGCUGUGAAGCGUUGCGUCUGGAAAACAGCGACUCACAGGAGGCCCUUCACAGAGCCAACACAGAAAUGGCAGAACUCGGCGUGCACGUCUGCAUGUUGACCGCUCAAAACGAGGAGGCUCGACUGCGCUGGGAAGGCCUGUCGUCACGACUACAGGACCUGGAGGAGGCAGCGGCCCAGGAGGCGGAGAGGCUCAACACCUGCAUGGAGCAACUGCGUCAGGAGAACCAAGAGCUCUGCUCUCAACUCCGUGACAAAGAGGAUCUGUUGUUGCUCAGGCAGAAACUCCAGACGGAGAUGAGCGAAGCCCAGCAGGCGGCAGAGACUGGACAGAAGAUGAGGCAGGAAGAGAUUCAGGCCCUACGGCUCCAGCUCAGCAGUCAAGCCACCGGCCAUGAAAACCAGAUCCAGAGGGUGAAUGAGGAGUUGGAAGAUGUGAAGCUACAGCUAGUUAACAGAGAGGAGAAAACAGUCCGACUGGAGAACAAACUCAAGCAGCUGGAGGCGGAGAAUCAGAGAUAUUGCCAACAGAUUGGGGAGAAAAACAUCCAGAUGGCCGAGUCAGACAAUCUCAUCCUGCAGAAAGAAGAUGAGAUAAUCCAUCUGAAAGAAAAUUUAUCAAGGUCUGAGAAGAGCCUGGCUGCAGCUCAGCGGGCCUGUCAGGAGAUGGCUGAAAAUCUACGGCUGGUCAAGCAGGACAAACAGAGCUUUGAUUUAAAGACAUCCGCUGAACUCGAUGAUCUUUAUCGUACCAAAAUCAAUUUAGAGGAAAGACUUGUGGAGCUUAUCAGAGAAAAAGAUGCAUUGUGGCAGAAGUCUGAUGCCCUGGAGUUUGAGCAGAAGCUCCGUGAUGAGGAGACUGAAAGGGACGUCAACUACUGUUUGGGUUGUCACACUCAGUUCAGCUGGUGGCUGCGCAAGUACAACUGCAGGCUGUGUGGGCGUCCCUUCUGCUACUAUUGCUGCAGCAACGCAGUGAGCACCCAUCAGGGUGGCAACAGAGAACGUUGCUGUUCUGACUGCUACAACCAGCACAGUGCAGUGGUUGAGCGCCACCCACAGGUGGAGGUCACUCACAACGCACCGGGGUCUCCUUUCAGCCGCUUGCUGCAGACUGGCCGAUCUAUGGCUGGCGUUGCAGGAGGAGAUGAAGGUGAAAAGCCAGAUGACGGUGUUUUUGACAUCAUCACAGAAGAGGAAGUCAGUGGAGUUUAUGACAAUGACUCUUUUACCACUGCCUGCUCUCCUGGACACGGCCAGCAGGAGGCAGCACAACUAAACAACAGUGCCAGCACAGGAGACUUUCCAUCAGAGGAUGCUGAGGACGUCAGCACCGCCGUACAGGAUGCAGAGAUCUGCCUGCUGAAGUCUGGGGAACUAACGCUCUCUGUCCGCCUAACGGUGGACGACAUCUCAGGAUUUGGGGAAAGCUCUCGGGAGCUCUUCAUCAAGUCGAGCUGUUACAGCAUCGUCCCCGUUACUAUGACUUCUGCUGGACCCACCGUGUCCUGGACCUUCACCUCGGAACCAAAGAGCAUCUCUUUCAGUGUGGUUUAUAGGGAGAGUGCAGAGACUCCGCUGGAGCAGGCCAAGGUUUUAAUUCCUCUGACUCGCUGUAAUUCCCACAAAGAGACGAUACAGGGGGAGCUGAAAGUCAGGAACCCAGGAGAAUACACUCUCAUCUUUGACAACUCUUUCUCCAGGUUCAUUUCGAAGAAAGUGCUGUAUCAUCUGAGUCUUGCCAAACCAGUUGUCUGCGAUUAAUCUGGCCUUCUCUGAUUGGGACACAGGAGAACGGAUGCGGAUGUGACUUUUUGUGUCAAGAUGUUUACGUUCACGCGGAUUGUUUCAAGGUAAAACGGUCUGACUCUUCAGCUGCAGAGCAGCCUCAGUGAAAGGUUGUGGCAUUUAAAAAGUGUCUCUCAGUUUUGCACACGAGGCGUUGAACGUCAGAUGGGGUCUUAUCAAAGAACAAAAGCUGCAAACAACUCACAAGAACUGUUCUGCUCUGCAGAAUGUUCUUCUGUUGAUAUUAAUAGUGUGUUGACUAACCUAGAUUAAAUGUAGCAAUGAGAAUUUUGCAGAAGUAAAACUGUAGUUUGGUUUAUCAUGAGGUUAAGUUGGUUUUUAUUUCACUCGUAUUGUAGAAGGAGUUCGGUGGUAAAUGAAGUAAAUAACUACACUUGGAUAAAUGGGUUUUAUAGGCUACAAUUCUGCCACAGUGCUUGUAGUGUUGUAACAGUUAUGUUUUCUGUGUUUAAGAAAAAAAUGAAAGUAAUAAACAGAAGUAAAUCGGUCUGUUACUGUCAAAUUUUCAUCAGGGUUUCUACAAGGUCUUAAAUUCUAAAAUAAACUCUAAUUUUCAAGUCCUAGAACUUGAAAAUUAAUUUGGAUAUUUUUUUCUUUGAUUGCUUUUUUAUCAAGGUUUAUUGUUUUUUAUUAUUGUUAUUAUUCAAGAAUAAAAAAACAGCAUUUUUUUGUUGUAAUUUUAUCUGGGCAAAUGUGGCAUUUUUACAUGUCAUUUUUACGUUCCUGAAAUAGCCUUUGUUCUCCUAAAAGUGACUUACAGGGUUUUUUGGGGAGGAAAUGCUCUUGGUAAUAAUCCUUCUCUCUUUUCAUAAAAAAUAUCUGUUUAAAAAAGGGUUUGGCUUCUUGUUAUUCAGUUGUUACAUAAAAUGUUUCAAGAAUAGCAUUUUCUAAACUUUGCAGUAUACUCUACAUCAGUGGUUCUUAACCUGGGUUCGAUCGAACCCCAGGGGUUCGAUGAGUCGGCCUCAGGGGUUCGGCGGAGCCUCUG